AUGUCUAAAAUAGAGUUGUUGGGAUUGAUUUUCAACCAGGGAUUUAGAGCGGCUCCUGAGUUGUUUAGAGCCGUUGAAAAAACUAUAACAAAGUACCAGGGAAAAUAUUCCCUAUCGAAAGAGGAGAACGCCGGUCUACAGAAGCUGCUUGAUAUCCUCCUCUUACCGGAGAUAAAGUUACAUAGAGCAGGUUUGUUACGCGUUGCAGCUCUCUUUCAACGUUUUUUUAAAAUAAACAUUUAAUUUGGCAAUGUUGUUGCUGGUGUGGUCAACCUGGUGAAAGAUGAUUGCAUUUGUUUUGGAACCGGGGUGCCUCCCGGGCGUGACCUAUGUGAAGCUAGCCGCCUUCAAAAUAAGCGUCCCUCAUUGAAAGUGAUGCAAAUGAAUACAAAUAGUGGAAUCAUGGACUAGAUAACGCUAAACAAGGUUGGAAUGUUGUUAUAUAAAUUCAACAAAAUGAGUUAAUAAAAAAGAGGAAGAAUGAGUUAAUCGCACUGUGGAUGUAUUAGACUUCAGAAUUGCAAUGGGGGCAUACUUAUAUUUCACUGUACAGCCUUACCUAUGGAUUGUGGAUCCGUGAAAUGGGGUAUCAGACUACUCGGUGACACCCACAGAGCAUAACUGUUUAGAGUUUAAACAAAUAUUAGCGUCGUAGCUCAUAUUUGUGGUCCUCUGUAGCUCAGCUGGUAGAGCACGGCGCUUGUAACGCCAAGGUAGUGGGUUCGAUCCCCGGGACUACCCAUACACACAAAAAAAAAAUAUGCACGCAUGACUGUAAGUCGCUUUGGAUAAAAGCGUCUGCUAAAUGGCAUAUUAUUAUAUUGCGGGACUCUGAAACCACUGUGAAAUUAGCCACAUGAAGUUUACCAGUCAACCUACUAUGCCUAUUAGACAUUGUAUAUUGCACUCUACAACCUUACUUAUGGAUUCAUUGAUCCACAAUCCACAACAUUCCAACCUUGUUUAGCAUUAUUUAGUCCAAAUAUGAAAUAAUUCCACUAUUUCUAUCACUUUCCAUAAAUGACUUUUAUUUUGAAGGCGAACCACUAAUGUCACUAUUGUGGCUAAUCCUUAUUGUGGCUAGCUUCACAUAAGUCUGGGCGUGAGCCACGUACCCUGUUCAAAGCAAAGGGCCAGGGUUCUGGUCUAGAAUCACGAUUUCGACUGCUCAUACAGUUUUACUUCGGUACUGCAGUUUAACUGACCCCCGUCCCAGAAAGACAAUUUCCAUAGACGGCCAUAUAGAGUCACCUUUGUGCACAAAACAUCCAUUGAAUUAUUCAAAUAAUUGUCACUCAAACCGAUUUUUUUUCUCCAGCACUCAUAGCAGAAGAUAUUAACAUUUUAUAUUAAGCCAAAGUCUACCAUGUUUUUGGAUGAUGUGAUGACAUCGUCGCUGCUCCCUGUGCAGGCUAACGCCCAGUGCGCAUAUGAUGUUGGCCCAUAUAAACCAUAGAGGACUCUACUGGCCAAAAGGCCUUAUUAGAAUGGGCAGCAGCAUUGUAGGCUUCCACCAUUUUAAUGUAGUCAACUGGGUGGGACUUCCAACUUCAUUAGCUGAUCCCUCCUGGUGACCCUGUUGGAGUCAUGUCCAAUGGAUUCAGUUCAAUCAGUUGUUGAAAAAUAGCGGUAGGGUUGUAGAGAAUCGAAGGACCAUGAAUGUAAUAAGAAACCUUAGGGGCUGGCUUAAGGCUGGUAGCAACCACUACAGAAUGUCCGGUCAGAACAAGGAUGAGGCGGAUGCCGAGGUUAAGGGGAUUUUAAUGGAAGAAGAUGUCCACAUUCACACACACAUCUGACCACUCAUGGUUCAGAUAACUGAGAAUAAUGUCCAGUGAGAACUGACAUGAACUAUGAUUGUUUAGAUGCAUGAACAAAUAAACAUCAGACAUACCGGAAUUCAGUCCACAGGAGGAAAAGUUCAGCAGGAGGGUAAACCGUGGAAGUGCUCAUCAAGAUGGGGAAAAAACGUUUCUGGCCACUCUGCAUGCUGGGGUCAUAGACUAACUGAAACUGAAGUCCCGGGAAUCAAGGCCACGGAUAGGCAGAACGAAAUGUGGUGAUAAGUAUUUGGGGUGACCUUGACCAAUAAGACAUUUACAUUUUUAGUCAUUUAGCAGACGCUCUUAUCCAGAGCGACUUACAGGAGCAAUUAGGGUUAAGUGCCUUGCUCAAGGGCACAUCGACAGAUUUUUCACCUAGUCGGCUCGGGGAUUAGAACCAGCAACCUUUCGGUUACUGGCACAAGCUACCUGCCGCCCCACUAACAAAAGUGGGGGUCCUCUGAAUAGGAGACUAAGCUGCCCGACUAUAACUAACUAUAAAGGAUGGCUAGAAUCAGCUGACUGAAGCUGGCGGUUUUAACAGUCCUCCUGAUGGGGCAACACUCUUUUUCCCCCCGUCCUGAUGAGCCUAGUUUAUGCUGGCUGGCCAGAACAGCAGCAUGGCACUAGUUACAACUUGUAAAGGAAAGUUAUGUUUCUUUCGAUGGACGGGGGAGAAAUAAAUUGUGGUAUUGGUCACCAUCUGGAUGUCACUGUGACAUGCCAAUUAGCUAACAUAACGACAAGCUGGUGUGGAUGGGCAAUUUGUUCCAUCCCACUUGAUUAUAUUUAGAGUAGGAUAGCAGCCUACACGAGAAAUAACUUGUAAUAUUGGUAGCAACCAUCUGGAUGUCAUCGUGACAGUCUACUGCUAAAUGGUGAGAGUUAGCGCUGCAAACCGGCAACACAACAACACAGGGCACAGUGUAUCCUUCGCUCCUGCUUGCCGAGCACUGCUGUCCUGCAGUAGGGAAAAGGAAGUAGCUAGAUAGUGUAGCCGAUAUAAGGCCAGGGUGACAGCUAAAGCACAUUUAUUGCAGUGAUUUUCACAGAAAAUAUACAGCUACUGCAACAUUUUUGUACAAAAUAAACAAACAAUUACUCUGAUAAAUACUGAAUGAUUCUGAACAAUCUCAGAAAUGUCAAAUUCUCGUUGAAGUUUCUAACCAGAUGCCUAAACUUGCUAGCUGGGGGUGGGCUCGUUAGGAUGACUGACUGAACUGAAUCUGUUCGUCCCCACUCAACUCGCAGCGCAGCAUACGUCAUCAAUUUUGGGCACCAUGCUUGUCCGUAUAGCCCCUCCCCCUUGAAAACAAUGGUCGAACAUCUUGUUCUUAUUAUACCUCAGUAUAUACAGUACCAGUUCUUAUUAUACCUCAGUAUAUACAGUACCAGUUCUUAUUAUACCUCAGUAUAUACAGUACCAGUUCUUAUUAUACCUCAGUAUAUACAGUACCAGUUCUUAUUAUACCUCAGUGGUUCAAAGGCACAGCGAAGUCUGCUCAAAACAAAUGUUACGUAGUUAAGAGUGAUGAGUAGGAUUCUGUGUUUUCACAUGCGAAGGUGAUUGCUUUAAAAAAAAAAAAAAAAUGCUUGAUCUGCCUUCCCAAUGAAAACUAGUUUGAAAAUUCAAACAUAUUAUAUGGAAAAUAGAUGUUGUAUAGAUGAUGCACCAUGCUGCCUUGUUGACAACAUGACCGAGCCGCACAGGUUUCUGUUCGAUUUGAGAAGGGCGCUGCACUCCUCCCUCACCGCUUUGGUGUGUUCACUUCACGGGCUAUAGACCGGUACCCCGCGGCUCAACAUAAUCAAGUCCGCCCACUGUAUAUCUGCGGACUGCAGUUACUACAACGAACACCCCACAACAAAUGACCAUUAGCAUUGCGUCACUACAUGCCACGCCCCUUGCCAUUGAAGCUGCUUGUAAAAGUACUGUUGGUGACACAAUUAUCCACGCUAUGUGGGAAGUUUAGCUUCGGCUUCACACACAAAAACAGACAUUAAAGGCCGGGCGCUAGUUAAAAAGAGUUAUGUUUCGAUGUGCAAACAAUAAAUAAUCUGUAAUAUUGGACACCAUCUGGAUGUCACAUUGGCAAUCAGCUAACGUUACUGCCUUCGGGAAUGACGACGAGCACCGGUGUCCAAUGGUGGCUGCCGACCUGAGCUGUAUCAUGGUGUCACCGGCCGAAGUUACACGUAGCCAAAUGUUUUCCUCAAAGUUAUUUUAUUCCAAGUAGCAUAGUAGCCUUCAUGACAAAUAUUAUACACUGUACAUGUACGACAGCGUGUUCCAGUUCCCGCCAAUAUCCAUCAACUUCGCACAGCCAUUGAGGAGGAGUGGGACAACAUUCCACAGGCCACAACAGCCUGAUCAACUCUAUGCGAAGGAGAUGUGUCACGCUUCAUGAGGCAAAUGGUCACACCAGAUACUGACUGGUUUUCUGAUCCACGCCCCAACCUUUUUUAAAGAUAUCUGUGACCAACAGAUGCAUAUCUGUAUUCCAGUCAAGUGAAAUCCAUAGAUUAGGGCCUAAUGAAUUUAUUUCAAUUGACUGAUUUCCUUAUACAGUAUGAACUGUAAAUCAGUAAAAUGUUUGAAAGCGGCAGGUAGCUUAGUGGUUAAAAGCGUUGUGCCAGUAACCGAAAGGUCGCUGGUUCUAAUCCCCGAGCCGACUAGGUGGAAAAUCUGUCUGUGCCCUUGAGCAAGGCAUGUAACCUUAAUUGCUCCUGUAAAUCUCUCUGGAUGAGAGUGUCUGCUAAAUGACUAAAAUGUUGCGUUUAUAUUUUUGUUCAGUAUAAUAUUGGUAACCAUCUGGAUGUCACCGGGAUACAUACAGUCUAUUCAGUGGGUAGAGCAUGCACGGCAAGUUGGUGUUUCACAACACUGGUAUGCAGUGUCCUUCGCCCCCGCCGGCCGAGCACAGCUUUCCUGCAGUUACGGCCAGGUUACGGCGAGGGAAGUAGCUAGCAAGCUAAUCUCACGUGGCACUCACUACUUGGUGGGCGUUGUGUGUAGUCGAUCAUCACUACACGAAAAUCCCCACAUGUCACACCCCCCAGUCUGCGGUCCACAGAUGGACCCUUCUCAAAAUGAGUGCCAACGUGUUGGCAUGCUAGUGGGGCGUUCACAUGUUCGUCGGACGUGGGAACUUCCCAAUAAGGAGGUCAUAAGACCGACAUGAUUCUAUUCAAGUACUUUUGAAGUCAGAACAAUUCUUCAACCAAAAAGAUUUUAGCUAGCUAGAUACGUUAGCUAACGUUGCUAAUAAUAUAGUUAGCUAAGUUGCUUAACAUUGGCAAUAUGGCAAACUAGCUACAGUAUCCACAUUGAUAAGUUUGACAACAAAUCCGUGUUUCACAAUUACAAUGUCAUCUUUUGGUUGAAAAGGUGAAAUGCCAGAGAUGAAACGUCACAACUCUGGUACGAACAUUUUCUCUGAGUUUCCCACUUGUAAUUACAACUUGGACGUUUUUUGAAGUGAAAUUUCCCAGUUGGAACUCCAAACUUCCGAUAUCAUGUGAACGCCCCACAGGUCUCUGUAAAUCUUCUUGGAAUUUCCAUUUUAGUUCCCUGAGCACACACAAAAUCAUAUAUUAAAGAAAACAUUGAAUAUGUAAAAAUGUCCAUAUAAAGCGCUACAUGUGCAUUCUAAUGAUAACAUUGUUGUUCACAACACUUGUUAUGGAACUAGGACUAUUCCCAGGUUUACAGAGACCCCUGUCUGUCUCAUGUCAGUGUUUGAGUUCUAGGUAAUGAAUCCUUUCUCCUUCCCUUCAGACCUCCAACAGCUCAACGUCUCUGAGUUAGAGGCUCCCCCUGAGCAGCAGCACUGUGAGCACGAGUGGAGCCCCAGUCUGGGGCAGGAGGACCUAGACCCCACACAGAUUAAAGAGGAACAGGAGGAACUCUGGACCAGCCAGGGGAAAGAGGAAUGUCAAGAGCUGGAGUAUAAUACUAAAGACUCUGUGUUUACUCCUCCCCGUGUGAAAAGUGACUAUGAUCAGUACCCAACUUGGUCCUCACAUCUUAACAAAACCCAAAGUAAGGAAUGCAAAAAUGGAGAUUCGUCCACUGAACAGAUAAAAACAGAACCUCAGAAAGAGAACUCUUCAGAACCAACCAGUGACUCUCAGGCCCUCUCUGCAGUAAAUCCAGGCUGUUCUGCAGCUCAGGGUGAAAACAGUGAAAGUGUUGAUAGGAAGGAGAGUGGAAGACCACUGUCUGCUUUAAAGACGCACAAAUUAAAGAGGACACGGACAGGAAAAGGACAAAGCCCUGCUGGUCCUUGUUGCAAG